AUGAUUAGGCUCUUUUGGGUACUUCUUUGGUUUUGUGCUUCACCUAUUGCUGCGACGCAAGUUACCGGAAUAUUCACAUCCUUCAAUGACCUUACGUUUCAGUCGAGUGGAUACGAUCAGAUCCCGCUGAGUCCUAGUUGGUACGCCACUUUGGGUUGGACAAUUAACGGUGCAAAUGUAGCAGCCGGUGACACCUUCACCUUGACUUUAGACUGUGUCUUGAAGUUUACAGAUUCUGCCUCCACCUUCAACUUGGCUGUAGGAUCCACAACUUAUGCCACUUGUACUUAUAGUAACGGAGAAUUGAUCGUCCCAUACUCCACUAUCAACUGUGUGGUUUCCAGCAGCAUCACUACUUCCACUUCUGCGUCUGGAACGGUGUCAUUCCCCUUCACCUUUAAUCCUGGGGGAGGUGGUAGUUCUGUUGAUUUGACUGAUUCUACUUGUUUUUCGGCUGGAACCAAUACUGCUUCUUUCCAUGACGGUAGCAAUACUUUGACCCACACUUUCACGGUUAUUUCAGAAAACACUUCUUCAAAUGCUAAGUCUUAUCAACUAGUUAGAUCAAUGCCAUCGAUGAAAAGAACACAAAUUUACCAUUUGGGUGCUACCUGUAACGGUGGUAUCGUCUCGGGAUCUUUUGGUAUGACUGUGAGUGGAUUUGACUGUAACAACAUGCACGUUGGUAUUACCAAUAACUUGAACGACUUUUUGAUGGUAAAGCCAACUUAUUCCAGUUUUUCUAUGACAGGUACCUGUAGUACCAGUGGUUAUGUCGUAACUUUCAGUAAUAUUCCAGCUGGAUAUAGGAUGUUUAUGGAUACUUUGGUUCCAUUUCCCUCAAAUGGUUACUUAGGAGUCACCCUCACCAAUACUGUGUGGAAGUUCGGGGUCCAGUGGUAA